UACGUGCACGCUCGCGUUUUGCUUGUUAUUGAAGAUCAUACCAAGGAGAUACUGACCACACAACGUAACUGGUGAUGCGCAGAGUGAUAUACCGUUAUCAGUUGAUCACUGGGCAAUUGAUAUAUGAAAUUCUCUAAAGGACGGAAUAUAUCAAACAAAUGAAAAUGGCAAAUCCAACCGAAAAAGAGAGAAAAAAGGCUGUAGCCAUCUGUUCGUCAGCAUCGAAGUCCAAUAUCAAGGCUCUCAUUACUAUGGUUUCUAAUAUGAAAAACACAACAGUCAAAUUCAUUCAGCUACCAUACAAUGAUUUAGACAGUUUUCGGCUUUCAAGUGAAGGACUUGAUGGUGUGAUCCUUUGUCAUUCGAUCAACAAUCGUCGUUUUGCAAUCACAGACGUCAUGGAUGCUCUCUAUGACAAGUUCUUGCCUCAUGUCAAACAAGUUUUCGGGAAAAGCAAUGUGUUUGUCAUCGCUCAUGACUUCCCUUGGCCCAUGAAAUCUGGCGGCUCUUCGUCUGCAGACCAGCAUGCCAAGAUCAAAAGUAGUCACAUGCAGAGUUUCCGUGACAAGCAACCGACAGCUUUCGAGUGUAGCCAUCGGGCCAUAAUAUGCGGCAACAUGGACAAGCAAGUUGACAUGGACAAAGGUGACCGUGAACAACUUGAAGUCUUCGUGAGCCAGUGCCGUGUUCAGGCUCAGAUCAGGGGGCCUACUAGUAAACGCAUCGUAAGCGUCCAUGGAUUUGAAGUAGAUUUGAGUGAUCCUAAAAUUCUUGGCGGUCUAGCCGUGUGCUUAUUACUGUCAAUGGUCUUCUGGCGAUAUGUCAAACCGUUUCUGUAUCGUACUGUUGAGGUGUUUGCAUACUAUUUCUUUGUUUCCCUCUUUGUACCUGCCAUCUGCAGGGUAUACCAUGACCGCGGGAAGGGUCAUCUGGUAUUCAGAGAUGACAAGUAUUGGAAAGCGAUUCUAUUCACAUUGACUCUUGGUCUCAUUUAUACCCUGGUAAGAAUGAACCGCGCAGGAGGUGUGCUAGCUUUCCUAUUCCCCGUGAUACCUUUCGCUGGCAUGGUAUACCUGAGAUGGAAGCAAGGGUCCCGAAAACCAAAACUUCCGAGCCUCCCAUCUCGUGGAACUUUCCAAUGGUCAAAGCCACCAUGGUGGAAGUUCCCUUACCGAUUCUGGCGCCACUUUAUUAAGGCUGCCGUUGAAUAUGCUUACAGUUUGGUUUAGAUGUCAGCUCAUUCGGUUCGGUUAUAUUAAUUACAAAAAUCAAGUACAAGUUCGAAGACUAACAAUGUGAGUUAACAUUUAAACAAGAAUAGAAGAACAAGGGAAACGAUUACUGAAUUUCGUGAAUCAAGCUGGUCUAUAUCAUCUAAACAUAAAAAUAGAACAAUGAUAAUUACAAAAGAAAUACAUUACUAGUAAUUGGCUUGCAGAAUGGAUAUGGCCUAUACGUUCACAUUGUAGAUUUGGAAUGGCGAUAAUAAGCAUUUUCGUUCGAUUACGGGCGUUAUGUCUGUAUAGGCCCACACCCUGUAAAUGUAGCUUAUUGACCAUGCAUUUAAGAAAGAAAGAAAAUUUAUUGACUAGUAUGAAAAUUUAUAAAUUUGCAUACCGAAAUAUGCAAAUAAGCAACUGAUAAAAAUGAAAACAACUAAAUCUAUGUCGCUUAUAUUUGUGUCUCAUGUUAUUAGUAAAUCUGUGGUUUGGACUGAUAGGCCCUACAGUUUUUGUCUCGCCUGAACGAAGUUCGGCAGAGACCUUGUAGUAAUAAUUUUUCCUAUUGGUCUGUUACAAAAAUGUUGUUUUUUUUUAACUUGCUCUCAUUUCUUUAUUUUUGCUUCAAAUGUGUUAUUACUAGGUACAAAUUGAUCCUGGGUAAUACCACAUUUGUGGUGAUGAAAAUGGUGAGGUUAAAAGUCAUCUAUGGGCAGGGGCGGAAAUCUCUCCCAAAAGGUAGGGGGGACAAGGGUCUGGAAA